AUGCUGGCUCCCCGGACAACAGCCUCAGGGCUGCGCCAGGCCCUAGGGAGGAUUUCCACACCCACUACCUCCUCGACGACCACCACACAGACACUCCUCCAGAGGACGACACCACUACUAUCACAACGGCGCAACUUUUCUGUCACCAAUGUGCAACAAUCCAAGUUGGGGCGCACACCGAUCACGGUGCCGCCGGGGGUCGAGUUGCAGGUCAGCGACCUGUAUGUGAAGAAGGACAUGACUUCGUAUAAGAAGGAGUACAAGCGGAGGAUUACAGUUAAGGGACCAUUAGGGCAACUCGAGCUCGAAAUCCCAGACUUUGUUAAUGUCAACCAGGACCCGGAGACGCGACAGGUCCGGUUGACCGUCGCCGACCGCAAUGAGAGGAGGCAGCGUGAGAUGUGGGGAACCACCUGGGCGUACCUCAACAACUACAUCAUGGGCGUAUCAGAAGGUCACACGGCCGUCCUGCGGUUGGUUGGUAUUGGUUACAGGGCAACGGUCGAGUCGCGGCCGGAUCUGGAGGAGUAUCCCGGGCAGCAGUUCGUGUCGCUCAAGCUGGGCUUCUCGCACCCGGUUGAAAUGGGCCUGCCCAAAGGCAUGAAGGCCAGUGCGCCUCAGCCGACGCGCGUGUUGCUUGAAGGCAUCGACAAGGAGCAAAUCAUGCAAUUCGCCGCCAACCUGCGCAAAUGGCGUAAGCCCGAGCCGUACAAGGGCAAGGGUAUCUUUAUCAACGAUGAGACUAUCAAGCUGAAGCAGAAGAAGAUCAAAUAG